UACUCUCAUCUGAUCUCAUCUGCCAUUCAUAUUUAACCAUCUAUCUGCAUCUGUCUUUCUUAUUAAAUGACACAUGCAGAGGAGAAAUUAAUUAUACAUAUUUAAUUAUUUGAUGUGAUGAAACUCAUCUCAUCUCAUCAUCUUAAUAAUAUGCUCUUUUUUGAAAGCUUAAUUUCACUUUCAUUGACAGCUUCUAUAGCUGUCUUCUGCUCCUUUGAGAGAACAAAAAUAAUGGAUCCAUCAGAAGAAUGUCACAGCAGUGAAUCAGGAUGGACUAUGUAUAUUGGGUCCCCCAUACAUGAUGAUGAUGAUGAUCAUGGUGAUGGAGACAACAGUUAUAUUAGCAGGUACAGUAAUAACAAUGAAGGUUAUCAUCAACAAGAUAAUGAAAGUGAUGAUGAUGAUGAUGAUGAUGAUUCUAUGGCUUCUGAUGCUUCCUCUGGGCCAAGCCACCUUCAUGGGGUUGAUAGUAAUAAUAAUGGCAAAGAUUUCCAGCAUCAAGAAGAUGAAGAAGAAUAUGAUGAUGAUGGUGGUAUCAACAAGCAGUGUUUCUUAGAGAAGAAGAAUAAUAAUGCUAGAAAGAAAAAAGAAGAGAAGAAGAAGAAGAAGAAGAAAGAGAUGGUAAUGAAGGAUAAUAAUAGCAAAGGUAAUAAUAAUAAUAAUAAGAUGAGAAAAAGUUUGUGGAUGGGAAAAGGGAAAUAGAUGAAGACAUAUCUAUCUAUCUAUCUAGCUAGUUGCUUAUUAUGUUUGUUGCUUAUUAUUAGGUUUCUUUUUCUUUCAAUUCUACUAAUUAAUAGUUUCAAGUACUGUGUACUGAUCAUGACUUGUGUAUGUAUGUUUUCCAGAGUACUUGUUUUGCAAUGCUCAAAUUUCGUAACAACAAAAUACU